GUCUGCAAGGGUUGUCUCGCCCAGGUGGUGGACAUGGGGAGGGCACAGCGCCGUCAGCAUGAGGCUGCCGCGGACAAUGUGCAAUACACAUUCAGGGCCCGCUCCCCUGUCUAUCGGUACCUGGUUGUUGACUAGAAGGUUGACAACAAGGGGGUCAUGAUGCUCUGUUGCACGUUUUGCAACAAAGUUUUCCAAGGGACCCAAUUUCAGGCCACGAGGCACUUCUCGCAGACAAACUACUGCAAGGACGUCAGCGACGAGGCGUUGUACGAGAUUGCUCGACGGACUCAACAAAAGUUCGAGGCCGAUCAGAUGGAGAGGGUUGCCCGGUAUGCAGUGGAGCACGGACUCGAUGUGCCCGACACGGGUGGUGCAAGGGGAGGAGAGGCGGGGCAGCGUCCGACGGAGGGAGGGGUCGGGGGAGAUGGUGGGCAUGGUGCGGCAGACCCCACUUUGGGUGGUGGAGGUGGUGAGACGGAGGAGGGCGUGAUCCAUGUAGAUCGCGAGGCGCGUGGCCCGGGUGAGGAGGGAGUCCCGGAACGGGAGGACGUGCCAAAGUUUUAUCCAGGCACUGGGGGGAGGUUGGAGGACUGGCGGAGGCGAGCAGGCAAGAGAGCUGCAACGGAGGGGUCUUCCAAGAGGAAGGAAGGAGGAAGUGAUCCGGCUGCCACCCCAGCAGGGAAGAGGCUUCGCCACGGGGUCUCCUUCAAUGCCUUCCGCAACCAGGCGUGGAAGGCAUAUCAACACGUGCUUCUUAAGCAGCCUGGCAGUUCCGCGCGCGCAGUGCUCCCCAACCACUACAAGAUUGCGAGUAUGGGGGCGGUGGAGACCCACCGUGUGGAGUUGGCAGAGGAGUUGGAGGAGGUGAGGCAGCCAUUCAGGGUGACUGGUGCCACCCUCCUCUCCGAUGGGAGGAAAUCACGAGACGGGAGGCCGAUCGUGAAUUUCCUUGCUGCUGGCUCUCGAGGGGUCGUCGUGUACACGACGAUCAAUCGAGAGGGCGAGGCGAACGAUGCAGUGCACGUCCUUCAGAGAUGGGUUACCAUCUUCCACAAGUUUAGAUUCGGCCGGCCACAGCGGAUCAAUACGAUAUGCACUGACUCCGCUUCUGCCUAUGUAGAGUGGUACGAUGCUUGGCUUGUAGGGCAAACCAAGAGGUACAUUCUGACGCAGACGGGAUUUGAGUUGGAGGGUGCGGAGUACAUCCUUGCAUGUCGGCGGUUUGAGGAUUUCCACAUUCAGCAGGGCAGGUUCGGGGAUUGGGGCAGGCCGGAGGGGCGUGCUCGUGGGCGCGCGUGCAGCGACGACAGCGAGACAAUUGAGUGCGCGUCUUGGUGGUCUCAGUUCGGGACGGGCGUGCCAGAGUUGCAGCGUUGCGCUCUUCGGGUGAUGCACAUGUGGUCUUGCGCCUCUCCAGCGGAGAGGAACUGGGCAGUCCACGAGGGCAUUCACACGAAAAAGCGCAACCAGUUGGCCUUCGAGAAGGUCGUGCAACUCGUUGAGAUCACCGCAAAUGUGCGGUUGACUGAGUAUCGGCAGGCUGGAUGCAGUUAUGUGUUGCCAUGGCAGCGGGACGAGGGCAUGCUGGAUUGCCAGGCAGGACUCGAGUUGGAGCCUGUGCGCUCGGGGACUCGCAGGGGGAUGACGGAGGAGGAGAUUGUCCGUCAGGUUGCACUUAUUACCCGGGAUCCCAUCGGGGCGUCCGCACCACCCUCGGCUGAUGCCGUUUUCGAUAGACGUGCUUGCAUUUUUCGUCCCUACCCCAGGGAGGACGACUCAGACGGGGAGCCGAUACCCGAGGCGGCAGAUGACCCUGCGCUCUGCAUUCCCCGGGAGAUCGACGAGAUGCACGAGGAUCCCGACUCCGAGGAGACGAGGGCAAACACUGCACGACGGGGGGCGGACCGGGUGGAGAGGGAGAUGCUGGGGGGAGACGAGGACUUUUGGGGCCCAUUCGGUGAGGUCGCUUCCACGGGCGGCCCAGAGGCGCACGCGACGACCCCCACUCCGACGAGGCGGGAUUCGUCUAUGCCGCCACCUCCUGCUCCGAGUCCUGCACCACCAUCGCUUGUCUCGCCACUUCAGCCGGACAGGGAGGAGUUGGGGUCCUCUUUGCCUCAGCGCGGCCUUCUCCAUAGAGGCGGGACAGUCCGCCAGCUUAGGUUACGAUCACCUUCCCCGGGGAUAUUGCAGGAGGAGGGGGCACCUUCGGCAGCAGCAGUGGAGAGUUCGGUGACACCAGCAGCGGUGCCGGACGCGACGAUCUCAGCCGCGCUGGAGGAGAUAGCAGCAGCAGCAGUGCUGGAGGAGAUGGCAACAUCAGUGCUGGAGGAGGCUCCACCAGUGGCAGGAGGAGGUGCAGUAGUGGAGGGGCCGGUGGCAGCAGCAGGAGGAGAAGGUGGAGGAGCAACAGCAGUGGAGGUUGAGGUGGCAGCAGCAGUGGAGGAGGAGGAGGCACCGUUGGCAGCUGCAGUGGAGGAGGAGAUAGCCGCACAGGCCGAGGCGUUCGCACGGGCCGUAGAGGAGGCCAGGCGUCGAAAGAUAAGAGGGGGUUGUGUGCAGGGUGGGGUGGUGGCGGGGGAGGACGUUGCGGAGGGAGUGGCAGCUGAGCCGGUACCCGAGGCUAUCCCGGGUGGAGCAGAGGUAGCGGACGUUGUUGUGGAGGGACGGCCUCAGUCGGUGGAUGAGGCUAUGCAGGCAGGACAACGGCGAGUCGAGGGGGCUAUAGAUGCACAGCGCGAGGUCCAGGAGACAGCGACGGGUACAGUCAUUCUGUUCUCCGGCUUGCACUUGGCUCAGGCCCGACAGCCGCAGCCGGUUCAGAUGGCAGUGCAUGGUGUGCCACCGCCCGUUAUCACGGAUUUGGGGUCCGAGCCGGUGGUUGUGCCCCCACGUCUUCCUAGCCACUUUGCUCCGCAGGAGGUCCGUCGUCCUUUGGAUGCAGAGGAGUUGGCGAGAGAGGCUGUGCGCAAUGUUACUCGCUUGGACCGGCGGAUCUUCAACCGGAGGCUCGAGCAUCCACCAUGGCAGACGAUCCCUUUGGUUCCAUGGGGUCCUGCAUCGCCCGUGUGGUCUGGGUCUACCUCCACCAAAGGACAUACCGCGGGACAUGUUCCAGGGAUUUCGGGUGGCGUGACGGAGACAGCGCCACACACAGGAGACAUGCCACCCCCUCCUCCCAGAGCACCUGCAGGUGAUCCAUCAUCGUCGCCUACAGGAAGAGGUUCUCGAUCCCCACACACACCUGGGAGAUCUAGGAUUCGUGACACGACAUCAGUUCAGCAGGACGUGUGUGACACGACGAUAUUCGGGAGGACAUAUAUAGAUUUGGAUUCCACCCGCCGUGUCACGGAGCACACUGCACGCCUUGAGCUGGGCUUGGGAGGAGGAGGCGCUAGGACGACCAUGACGAAGGAGGUACUGGCAUCAGGUUGUGAGCCUCAGCGAGGUCGUGGCAAAGGAGUGUCUACCGAGACCUUGGAGUACGCUCUAAGAGCAGCGACGCGUGCCGUGCAGGAGAAGACUCCACGCAAGCGUGGAGUGCCUCCUCGUCCACCCCCUGUGCCUGCAGAGGGAGGCGCAGUACUUGGAGAGAGUUCGAGGGCGGAGGGGUUGGGGAUGCCUCGUGGAUCCCGCCGUGAGCAGACCAUUGCAGAGGCUAGUGCGAGGGUUGUUGUGUUGAGGAAGGGAGGAGGCCCAAUCACCAUCGAGGAGGAUGAUCCUGAUACGGAUGCGUCUGUGGGGGAUGCGGACGAGGACUACGAGGGCGAAGAGGGGGGAGAGGAGGAUAGCAGGAGCGGUUCUGAUGGUGACGACGACGACGACUACGAUGAGCCCCCACCUUCCCCAGGACCCCCACCGACGCAUGCAUCUAGACGCUCCGCUCCACGGACUUCUUCAUCUUCAUGAGGGAGGAAGAGGUCGACAUCCAGCACUCGAG